AUGCAGUGGUGCAGGCCCGCACCGCAUGGGUUGCAGCUGGAGCGAUUGGGUAAGGAAGUCCUCGCGAUUGAAAGGAUGGUCGGUUUCCCCCAGAGCGACAAAAGAGAGUUGCAGAGAGCCUUCAAGGACUCCAAGCUGCUGAUGCGUGACCGAGUGGUGUGGCAAAGCAUGGGUCACCGAAGAAGCCAGCUCGACAACUUGGAGGUGAUUGAUGCGGCGAAGUCUUCGCCUAAGACCGGAGGCGGCCUCAACACCGACCAGUACAGCCAGCUGGUCAACGUCCAGGCUGACAUCCUCAUGGUGAUGAUGACGGACUACGUUUCCUGGGAGAAGUUCGUGAGGAAUGUGUGCGGCAACCUGGAAGAUAUUGACAUGCAAGUCGUCCUCCUGAACCUGAGCCGUCUGGUGGAUCUCAGCCAGAAGAAUUUCUACGAGAGCUUGAUGGAGGUGCCUUUCGUCAUCAACCACGCUGUGGGCGGCAUGCCUGAUGAUCACACGGCCCUGGAGACCUCCUUGGCCGAACUUGGACGUGUUCUUGCCUACAGGGACUUUGUGGAGCCGGUGCAGGAAGCGCUCAAGCUGAGCAACGAAGCGAGCCUCGUCGCCAUCCAGCACUCGGUUGCAGCCUUGGUGGUUUUUCGCGCUGAUGCCGAAGGAAGUGGAGUACUAUCGUGCGACGAUGGGACUCGGAAGUUCCGUAAGGUCGACAACAUCUUGCAGCAGGAACUGCUGUGUACGGUGUUUGCGUACCUCGGCAAGAAUGCGGUUGGCAACUUUGGGAUGGUCGCUGAGCUGGUUCGUCCUUAUUUUCUGAAUGUCGGACUCGAUGAAAUUGAGUCCGAGAAAAGCUUGGCCCGGCUGCAGACGACGCACCGGGACAUGCAGGAAAUGCUGCUGCAGGAGCUGACAUGCAGCAAAAACGUGUUUACAAGGGUGUUGAGCGUUGUCGAGAAAGCCCAGAAGCAAUCGGGCUGA